GGCCCGGCGCAUGGCGGCGGCGCUCUGCGUCCUGCUGGCGGCGGCGGCGGCGGUCGGCCGGGCCGCCGCGCCCCUCGGCUGCCUGGACCAGGACGGCGCGGCCGUCGACUGGUAUGUGCUCUACAAGCUGCCACGGCUGAAGGACGCCGACGACGCGCUCGUGCAGGCCGGCAUCGGCUAUACGCACUUCUCGUCGGCGGCGACGACGGGCGCGCUCUGGACCCUGUCGGAGGUGGCGAUCAACGACAGCAGCUCGGCGGCCGGCCGCACGCUGGCGCCCGUCUACGCCAAGUCCGAGCGCAAAAGCCUGCUGUACGUGUUUUACAACGACGAGAAGCCGGACGGGCCGACCUCGUUCGACAAGGGCCACACGAAGGGCGUGGUGGCGUUCGACGGAGACUCCGGCUUCUGGCUGGUGCACAGCGUGCCGCACUACCCGCCACCGCCGGGGCAGCCGUACGACUACCCGGACACCGGCGAGCGCUACGGCCAGAGCUUCCUCUGCGUCACGCUCGCUGGCAGCCAGGUGGAGACGGUGGCGCAGCAGCUGCUCUUCAACGAGCCCUUCAUCUUCGCCAGCCAGCUGGCGGCCGACCUGGCCGCCCGGUACCCGCUGAUGGAGCGCGUCGUCCAGGGUGACGUCCGCUCGCGGACGCCCUGGUUCAACAUCGCGCCCCUGGCCACGCCUGGCGGCCAGCCGUUUGUCAGUUACGCCAAGGCGCGCGCCUUCGGCAAGGACCUGUACGCCGACUUGGCGGCGCCGGCGCUGCGCACGCCGCUGCUGACCGAGACCUGGAUGAACGGUCCACACGACGAGCGCAUCCCGUCCGACUGCGAGCUGACGUACCCCGUGCAGAACGUGCAGAACAUCACGGUGGUGGCAGCGCGCGGCGCGCCGGCCGGCGGCCCCCGCUUCACCAUCGCCUUCACCAGCACGCACGACCACAGCAAGUGGGCCGUCUCCUCGGAGGUGGCGCGACCCUGGGUCUGCGUGGGCGACAUCAACCGCAUGACGACGCAGGAGGAGCGUGGCGGCGGCACCGUCUGCCACAGCAGCUCGCUGCUGUGGCACCUCUACUCGCAGCUCGUGGAGCAGGUGGAGCCGUGCGCCGGCAAGGAGCCGGUGAACGUGUACCGGCGCCGGCCCUAGGGCGGCCCCGAGCGGUGCCUGCCGCCGGCAGACCGGCCGCCGUACUCCGCGGCUGGCUCCGGAAGCUGCAGCCGAAUUACAGCUCAACCGGUCUCGUGCGACAUGCCGGGGCGAGCUCGUGGUCUCGUGCGAGGCGCAGGGGCGAGCUCGUGGUCUCGUGCGAGGCGCCGGGGCGAGCUCGUGCUAUUGCUGGCGGUGUUAACACGAUCCAGGCAAUUGAACCGACGCGCCCUGUGGUGCAUUUCGCGGAGCCUCCGAGGCCAUUGAUUGAUUUAGGAAUGCUUCGGCGGCUCAUUCAGUGAUCGCCUGGUAUGCUGACUGAUGCCGUCAAGACAAUUACGCCAGGAGAACCAUGCGGUGUUGUUUACCCAACAGCUCCAAAUCGACUGCGAGACAACCGAGCAAGGCAGUGAAAGCGAUAGCUCUUGACCUAGCAUGUUUAAACACUACAUAAACAAUGCCACACUUGAUUCCGUCAUGCUACAAGCACUGUGUUGUCUUUGAUGUUCAUCUUUCAGGUGACGUAGAGCUUUCACGUAAUUAUGACGUUUAUUGUAUCACUGUCGUCGAAUCAGCAGAGUGAUUCCGACAGGCCUCAAUAAGCAUCGCUAGAUCGGUUGACAACCAUGGUAUUUGAUGAUGUUUUUAAAUAUACCAUGGUGUUUGCUGAACUCACAUAACAUUGA